UUAUGGAUACUCAUGCGGUGCAUACAAAUAGAGUGUAGUGUAUAUGCAUUCUUGGUAGCACUAGAAGAUAACAACUUGUGCGUUUGCAGGUGGCAGAGGAUUCAUUUCGACAGGAAAAUUGUGAUUUUUGCUAGUUUCGGGGACUAAAAUGGCGGAGAAACCUUCUCAACCGACCGGCAAAGCCCUUGCUGGAUUCAACUUUGUGGCCAAUGACCAAGUUUGGAAGGACCACAUCAGAUAUGAAGAAACAGCAUCAAAGAGGUGGCCAGAAUACUGGGGCUUCCUUGGAGGCAGUUACAAAGAUCUUGUGAAAGACGACUUUGUGAAGCGCGACGUGAAGAAGAUAGAGCUUCCACCACCCCUGGUCCUGCCUCCGAUCACACCCAUCUCCAGGUAUAUCAAGGUUGACACCUCCCCCAAACCCUUCCCCAAGACCACGGCAGGCAAGAUCGGUUGGAGAUCAUCAGAGACGCAGCACUCUCUUGAAAUCUACGGCAAGUAUGCCCGACCUAAGGGAGGCCUGAUCCGACAGCUCAAUUGGCCGCCUGAAGGUGUUAUAUAAAGGAGACAUCGUGCAUUGUGCGCUUGCCAUUGUCUGCGACCGUCUUUAUCUCGACCUUCAGAAUGACUUUGUGCGUGACUUUAAUCACCGCGGCGAUGCCCCAUACAUGCUGUAUCUUGUUUGACAUUGCAUGGUGGGAUGACAUUGUACAGGCUUCAUAACAAACCAUGAGGCAUCAGGAAAAAUAAACUAUGCAUCAAGGAGCUUAAUAUAUGGGAGCUCACGUCCCUCAUGUACCUGCAUAAAUACGAAUGUUGUUAUUCAGGUUUAUGUUUUUGUUGUAGAUGGUUAAUUUAUUACAAUGUUGAUGAGAGAGCAAGUCACUGUGUAUAACAAUCAAUCAAUCUUUUGCUACCGUGGGGUUAUAUUUCGUUUGUCUUUGAAUCUCAAUCAUUUCUAAUUCUCCCAAAUUGACAUGGCUGCCAUGUGAGGGCAGUAUAACAGGAAAUGACCAAACCUUAUCAUGGACAUGGGCACAUGGCCUUAUGAAAAACUUUUUAUUUUCUGGACUUGUGUCUUAUGUACAAUUGUGUAGUUAAUGCUUUAAACAUGUUUUUUUAUGUAUUUUAGAUAAAACAUGAAUAAAUAAGUGAAUUAAUGUUUUGAAUUAUGUCAUGAAAUUAUAACUUAAAACAUAAAUCAUGGACAAUCCCAUACACGAGACACAGAGAAUUAACGAGUCUCAUCACUUUAACAUCUUUAAUGUGGGAGAAAGUAAAACUUGUGAGUUGUGACCUAGGUUUUUUAUGGUUUUUUUAAAUCUCAGAAUGAUUGUUUUACCAGGAAAAUUGAUUCUUUCAUUCUCUCACAAGAAACCAUAUUGAUCAUGUGACUUUUCCUAUCAUUCUUCUUCUUCAUCCACUUCUCCAUCUUUAUCAGGAAGUACUCACAAGAUGAUUAUAGUUUUCAGUUGAUGGAGAUUUCACAGCUCUUAACCCCUGACAAAAGCUUCCCUGUCGUUUUAUCUUAAUACCUAUCCAAUCCUGAAUCUGCUACCGAUCGUCAUUCAUGGCAAAUCCCCCAUUCUCUUCUCAGAUCACCAAGUUCAUUGGCAUAAGCUGGUGCUAUGUGACUCAUUAUUCCAAACAAACUUUCUAUUUUAGGUAAUGUUUCAUUGCAAACAUGUAUCUUCCUGAAGUUUGCCCUAUUUUUCCCCUCCUUUUUGUGCAUGAAAUUAAAAUCUACAUGUACAUCAUUCAGUAACUAAUCAUGUCGUUUGUUUUACUGGAUAUGCACAUAGAAGUUCUGGCAUUCUUAAAAACGCUCUGAGUAAUCUCAAACUCCAAAUCUUUUUCAUGAUGAAAAAAUAUGUAUGCAAACUUCAAUUGUAAUUUUAAAAUAUUUGUCUUAGAAUUAACAUAUUAAACUGAAAAAUUGUAUGGUACUUACAGUAGUUAUAUAUUGUGUUAUGAAUAUUCAUGUGCAUGUAUUCAAAUAUAGCUGUAUGAUAUUUUCUCUACUUGUUAUGCAAUUCGCACCCGAACCGUCCAAUAAAGAAGUUUUUAUGACACUGAAAUUGAGGAUUUGAUGUUCCACAUACAGUGUUUACAUAUUGUUAUGCAAUAUGCAUGGAAAUCUUGUUAUAACAAAAUGCUGCAUAAUUUGAAAAUUUCCUCUUUGUUAGUGCUCAUCACUUAAUACAAAUGCAUUUUACAAUGCCAAAUACGCUUUGUUAUAACAGGAUUCACCUACUCAUAUUAUGCCAUUCCAUUGUUCUCAGUUGUAUGCGGGCUAUGUGUGUGCUUGCAAGAUAUGAUUAUUUUCAAACAAAAUAUUAAGUCAAUGUGAUAUUAAUUAGUGAAAUGAAAUGGCUAAUAGUGAUAGGUAGUGAAAUGUACUGGUAAUUUAGUAUAAGGUGUUUAGUAUGCAAUUAAAGGAUUAUUUCAGGGUUGAUAAUGUAUUGAUAAAGUAUAGUAAAUACAUUCAUCAAUAUUUUCAUGAACUAUGAAGAACUGUAAUGCUGGGACUGAAUUGCUCUUUAUUAAUCUUGAUCAUAAAUGUUUUAUUCAUCGUUUCUAAUAGCUGGGUUCUUUAUCAUUCUGGCUAAUUGAAUGGGUUUUUUAAUACAUGUUAGGCUAUGUCUCAUAUUAUCCUGGUCAGUAACAACAUGCAUCUGCUUAGGGCCAGGAAGACAUUAAAUUCUGUGUUAAAAGCAUAUGAGUUUAUUUCCCUCUGGCUCAGAAUAGUGGCAAAGCCCAUGUGUAAGAAUAUUUACGUUGAACAAAAAAUAUUUGUUUUUUUAAGGAUUAUGUAAAUCAAAGGUAAACAAAUGAGGGAAUGUAUUUAGAACUUCAUAGAUCAUCCCAGAUAUAUCUGUCAGAUGCACUCUUUAGAUCUCAUAAAUUGCACAGAGACCACUUUAUCUUUUUAUUACAGGGAUUUUAAUCACAGAACUCACACUUCCUAAAAUCAUCAAUCCCCAAAAUAUUGAGAAAGACGGAAAAUAAACAAACCAAAAACAUCUGUCGAUUGGACCGCAGUAUAUCAUCAAUCACUGCAUUAUGAUUAUAGCCAAGAAAGGGGUGAAAUUGUGUUGCUUUUUGCAGUGUUUGAUUUUGUAAUCUGUUUUAAAUUGCAGAUGUGUUACAAUGCUGGCUCUUUGUGACAAUAACAUCGCGACCUCCCUGAUGAAAUCACCUAAUUUUGGAAAUUGAAGAAAAGAUGAGUGUUUGAAGGUCAUUUUAUUUGACUACUACAAAACAUUUGUUGGGUUUAUUUUUAAAAAGUAUACUUUUUACCAGGAGAAUCUACUUUUAUUUCCCAUUUCACUUUUUAUUUUUAUUUUUUUGCUUUGUUUUAUUUUUGUACUACUGAAGAUCUUCAUUCUUGGAUGACUUAUUUUGCUUUAAAUGUCACUUUUUGUUGUGCAAAAAAAAGAAAAUGUUUUGUGAUAUUUAUCUCUUCAGCCGGUUUUGAAGAGAAGUGUUUUGCGAAGUUUAUGAAUGAAUAAAUCAGCGGCACCGUCCAUUAAAAAAUA